AUGUACGUUUACAAGACCCUCUUUGCCGCCGCUGUUGCCCUCGCAACUAUCGCGUCCACCCUAGUCGAAGCCUCUCCCAUCCCAGCCAACGCUGCCGUCAGCAACUAUGUCCCCGUGACCAAGCGCAUGUACACGGCUGAACAGGUUGACCAGCACGAGAAGAUCCUAAAGCGCUCGUCGGUCGGCUUCAAUGAUUGGUCCUGCAAACCCUCGAGCGCACACCCCCGUGCUAUCAUCCUGGUCCACGGAUUGAUCGCUAACAACUGGGACAACUGGCUGUACAUGGCCCCGAGACUGGUUGCACGCGGAUACUGUGUGUACAGCUUGACCUACGGACAGCUGCCAGGCAUUCCUCUGCUUGCAGGUCUUGACAAGAUGGAGAACGGCGCCGUUCAGCUGUCUGCCUUUGUCGACAAGGUCUUAGCUGCAACCAACACCACCAAGGUCAACCUGCUGGGCCACUCCGAGGGCUCGCUCAUGCCCCGAUACUAUUUGAAAUACUUGGGAGGUUCCUCCAAGAUCGACAAGUUCGCCGCCUUUGGCGCCAUUGCAUAUGGCACCACUCUUAGCGGUCUCGUUCCCUUCCUGACCUCGCUCGGCCUUUAUGACACCAUCAAGGGUAUCAUCGAUCCUGUGUGCCUCUCCUGCUUCCAGUUCCUACCAAACUCACAGUUUCUUCAGGAUCUCAAUGCCGGUGGUGAUACUGUGCCCGGUGUCCAGUACAAGUUCAUUGUAUCCAAGACGGAUGAGGUUGUGACCCCCUACACCAGUGGCCUCCUCAAGGACAAGAACCCGCUUGUGCAAAACGUCGUCCUCCAAAGCCUUUGCCCGGUGGAUCUGUCUGAGCACGUCGCCCAGAUGGUCGAUCCCAUCGUCUUUAACGCGGUCGAUGCCUAUUUCAACCCAGCGAGGCCUCAGACUAUCAACUGUCUGUCUGCCAUGACCUAA